CGAUACCAAUACCGAUAUAAAGAUACAGCAAAAAUACACAUCUCCGGUUACCUUGGACUAUACCUCACCGAACUGGUCUCAGCCGUCAUCGUCGGAACCCCCCUUUGGGAAUCUUCUAUUUCGAACCUCGAAAAGCAGCAAGAUCUACCAUCCGAGCAACAGGCCCCCUUGUCGCUCGAGAAGCAGCACCCAUUCGUAUCGGAACAGCAGCACCCUUCACGGUCGCUGCAGAAGAACCCCCCGCGAUCCCCCCAGCAGCACCCGUCGCGAUCAGAGCACACGACGCCGCCGCGGCUCGAGUAGCAGCACCCCUCGGAGUCGGAGCAGAAGCAGCCGGAGCCGUCGGCGGGGUGGCUCUGGCCCCAGUGGUCGUAACGGUCGAGGUUGGCGCUCAUGGGGGUUGUGAGGAGGUAGCCUGUGGUGUUGAUGCUGGUGCGGCCGUCGCGGCCGGCGAUGAGGGAUGGCAGGGAGGAGUUGCUGUUGGAGGCGUGCAGGGAGGAGCGGACGGCGACGCGGAUGUGUGCGUCGCUUGGUCUGCGGCUGUUUUUGGGGGGGCGAAGGGGGUUUAGGAGAUCUUGUCAGUCUUCAUAUUUCUAUGCCGUGGAGGGGAGCAGAUACGCUUUCUCUGUCUCUCUGUCUCCUUUCCUUUGUCGAAUACAAUACACAUGCUGUGCAACACUGAGAUAGCUAAGAGAU